UUUGAUUAGUCUUCAUUUUCAAUUUAGCAAGUGAUUCACAACGACCAAUUCGUCUUCAUUGUGGUGGUUUUGUUUCCAAUUUGAAAAUGGCGUCGCCUCAAACCGCAACGAAUCUCACGAGUGUUCAAGUGCGGCCAGAUUAUCAGCACUAUGGGCUCGCGAUCCGCAACUACAUCAAGUUCGAGUUCCAGGGACGGAAAUCCGAUUGCGUCUUGGUAUGCGGGAAUCGGGCCUUCAACCUUCAUCGCUCCGUGUUGUAUUCGUCCACGGGAUUGAUCCAAGGGAAAUUCAUGAGACGUUCCAACAGGGACCCGAUUGUCGUCGAAGAGAGGUUCACUGGUCUGAUCGAGCAAUGCCUGUCCGUGAUCUACAGAGGACAGGGUAUCUUCACUUGCGAGCAGUUGCCACUGUUCUAUCGGAUGGCCACCGCUAUUCAGUUGAAAUUGGGCGUGGCAUAUCACUCUCUCCAUAAUCCGUCAGACAUCCCUAUGAGUAUUUUCAAACCCUCGACUGAAGCACAAGAGAAUAAUGAGCCCACUCCUGCUGCCAAUUGCUCUGGCCAGAAUAGCGAUUUCCAAACUUCAAUCGAUCGACCUGCUUUGGCGCGGUUGGACGUCAAUUUAGGCCCAGGCGACCCGAUCGCUCCGAGACCAUCCAUUCAUUAUGAAGAUCUGGUUCCCACCUUAUUUUAGCCCCACCCAAUGUGAUCGGAAUGAGAGCUAAGCACGUGUCUAAAUGUCAAAAGUUGAAUAAACACAGACGAUUACACGA